AUGGUGUCCGACUUCAGAAGGAAAAAGUUGAUGUUCAUGUUCAAGUUCUUGGACAAGGACGGCAGCGGCUCCAUUGAAAAGAAGGACUUCCAGCUGGCAGCGGAAAAAGCGGCGAAAGAGAGAGGAUGGAAGGAGGGAGACGCCUUGUAUAAGGAGUGCUUUGACACCAUCGACAUGGUGUGGGAUGCUUUGCAAAAGGUGGGAGACUCGAACAGCGAUGGUCAAGUGAGUGCUGAAGAAUGGGUCACAAUGUGGGACACCGUCAGCAAGAGCGCAGCAGACCGAGACUGGUUGGACAAAUACUGCAAGUUCGUCUUCAAAAUGCAGGACUUGAACGGCGAUGGAUUUAUUGACAGCGAUGAUUUUGUAGCUGCCAGCUCAAAAUCCGGUAACACCAAGGAAAAUGCUUUAGAAGCGUUCAAGAAGCUAGCGCAAGGAAAGUCACAGAUCUCCUUAACAGACUUCCAAAAAUUGUGGAAUGAGUUUUUCACAACUGAAGAUCCUAAUGCGCCAGGAAACUUCAUCACCGGCAGGCCCAGCUUUGAUUAG